CUUAAAUUGAUCAUAUUUUUUCUUUCAGUUCAACAAUAUAAUGUUUGAGAUUGUAUGUUAUCUAUUUUUUGACAUAGGAGAUCACCGUCUAAAUGAUACGGUCUUAUAACUUAAGCAAUUAUGAUAACACGAUUACGAUGUUUGUUUAUGGUCAACAUUAGUGACUUACUACAAGUUACAGGAAUAUUACCUUUUACAAUGUGAUAAUCUCUGAAAUUUGUUUUCCGGAUAUUUUCAAGAGAUGAGAAGUGGGCGAGGAGGUCAACGGCUAAAAACAACUUGCUGAAUAUGUAUAUUUUCUUGCGGAGAUAACGUAGUUGGUUUCCGCGUGCUGGACGAAGACAGAUAACUUCUACAGAGAGAAAGCAAGAGAGAGAGAGAGAGAGAGAGAGAGAGAGAGAGAGAGAGCUAAGGAUUUGAACGGAGAAGACGAGGAAAGCAUAAAAGAAAGACAGAAGUUUAACCUUAAGAGAGAGAAGAAGUAAAAAUGUCGUUCCGUAGCAUAGUUCGUGAUGUGAGAGACAGUAUAGGAAGUCUAUCAAGGCGUAGUUUCGACUUUAAGUUAAGCAGCCAGGUCAAAGAAGGCGGGAAAUCUCGUGGUUCGGUGCAAGACUGUCACGAGGAGCAGCCUCCUCUAGUACUGAUCCAAGAAACACCGUGGGCGAAUCUUCCUCCGGAGCUGUUGCGCGAUGUGAUCAAAAGGCUCGAAGAGAGCGAAAGCGUGUGGCCUGCUCGUAAACACGUGGUCGCUUGUGCUUCUGUUUGCAGGUCAUGGAGAGAUAUGUGCAAAGAGAUUGUUCAAAGCCCCGAGCUUUCGGGCAAAAUCACGUUUCCUGUUUCACUAAAACAGCCUGGACCAAGAGAUGCAACAAUGCAAUGCUUUAUCAAAAGGGAUAAAUCUAACCUCACUUACCAUUUAUACCUUUGUCUCAGUCCUGCUUUGUUGGUUGAGAAUGGAAAGUUUCUUCUUUCGGCGAAACGCAUUAGAAGAACUACAUACACCGAGUAUGUCAUCUCUAUGCACGCCGACACCAUUUCCAGAUCAAGCGACACGUACAUUGGCAAGAUUAGGUCUAAUUUUCUUGGGACGAAGUUCAUAAUAUACGACACGCAACCUCCGUACAACAACAAAACCUCUCAGGUGGCCCAACCGAUAGGCCUUAGCCGGAGAUUCUACUCGAAGAGAGUAUCUCCCAAAGUCCCGAGCGGUAGCUACAAGAUCGCACAGGUGUCGUACGAGCUAAACGUUCUUGGGACGCGUGGUCCAAGGAGAAUGCACUGCGCGAUGCAAUCGAUUCCGGCUUCUUCUCUCGCGGAAGGCGGAACAGUGCCUGGACAACCCGAGAGUAUUGUCCCGCGCUCUAUUCUCGACGAAUCGUUCCGCAGCAUUACAUCAACCUCGUCGAGAAAGUUCACCAGCGAUUACUCGACCGAGUUCAGCAGCGCUCGGUUUUCCGACAUUCUCGGGCCGUUAGGAGAGGACGGAGAAGCUGUGUUCGAGGAAGGGAAAGAGCGGGUUUCGCCGCCGCUUGUGCUCAAGAACAAGCCGCCUAGGUGGCACGAGCAGCUUCAGUGCUGGUGUUUAAACUUCAGGGGACGUGUAACCGUCGCCUCGGUUAAGAACUUUCAGCUGAUUGCAGCGAACCAACCUCAGGCUCAGGCUCAGGCUCAGGCGUCAGGACAGACUACUGAUGGUCCAGACAAGAUCAUAUUGCAGUUUGGGAAAGUGGGGAAAGACAUGUUCACGAUGGACUUUCGGUAUCCGCUCUCUGCGUUUCAGGCUUUCGCUAUCUGUUUGAGCAGUUUCGAUACGAAACUCGCCUGCGAAUGAUAUUGGGAGAGACAGCUUUGUAUGUAAUGGUUUUCGUUUCAGGAGAUUCUUUGUCUUCAGUGGUGUUUUAUUUUCACCGGAGAAUCUCAGAAUUAGGGUUUGUUUCAAGGUUUCCAUCUGAUCAUUUAUUCUGAUCUGUGCUUAUGUUGUUUGUUAAUGAAUCAGAAAAAAAAAAGUUUGUCCGAGUUCGGUUUUAAAUUUGUAAUUUGAUGUAUUCGUAACGGUCAAAACGCAAAACGAGGAUAGCCUAGAAAUCAUAAACAUGCAUUUGGUUACAUUGAUUACAUGUUUGAUGUUUGAAAAGAGUUUUAAAAAGAACAAAAAGUAAU